GGCUAUACUUAGAUGAAGGAUUGGGAUUGCUUGUAAUCAAUUUAUGUAAAAACGGUGGAAUUUCUUGAGCUCACACUGGCAAAGAAUGGAAUAGUAGCAUACGUAAAAGGGUUAAUAUUGCUGGAGUAUAUGAUAAGAUAAAGUGGACAGUAACUAUGGAUGUUCUGACUUCCUAGUGGCUGGCUAACAGGACUUGGCUGUUUGAUUACAUCUGGGUUGCUGACUCAACAUCUUGACGAAGAAUUUGGAUAAAACUCAUUGCUCUGACUGCAAUUCAAAGCACUCCAAGCAAAUACGACUUUUGUUUUUGGAGUUUGAACUAAUCACAUAAUAACUUUAUAAGGCGAUCAAGAUGGAUGUCGAAUCGAGUGUAAAAUGUGAACCUGGGAGCCCUCUUGGCCUGAGUAGGUGCACACAACCAUCCCUGGAUGAGAGUUUUGGUAGAGAUGUGUUUGCAGACUACAAUGUAGAUGAUUAUGGAUCUGACGGAAACAGUGGGGAUAACAGUGGAGACAUAUCCCCAUGCAGUAUAGACAAUGGUAAAAUGGAUUUUAUAUCCAGUUCUUUCUCUUCAGACCCAGAAAGUAUGGAUGGACCUAAACGUAUAUGUUUAGUAUGUGGAGAUAUAGCAUCAGGAUAUCAUUAUGGCGUUUCUUCUUGUGAGGCAUGCAAAGCAUUUUUCAAACGAACAAUUCAAGGUAACAUAGAGUAUUCUUGCCCAGCAAAUGGAGACUGUGAGAUUACAAAGAGAAGAAGGAAGGCAUGCCAAGCAUGUCGCUUCCAGAAAUGUUUACGAGUGGGCAUGCUCAGGGAAGGUGUGCGUCUCGACAGAGUGCGCGGUGGGAGACAAAAAUACAAGAGAAGCUUGGACAGUCUCAGUCAGCCACUCAUACAACCCAUACUGCCCAUGGUGAAAAAAGCAUGCUUUGAAUUCCAACAUGAAAACAAGAUUUUGACACAGUUGCUGAACAUUGAAUCACAGUUAGACAAAUUAUAUGCCAACCCAGAACCAGAGCUUGUCAAUGAUGAGAUGCGUUUUAUAGCAGCCUUUUCUGAUCUAGCUGACCGAGAAUUGGUUAUUACUAUAAGCUGGGCCAAACAGGUGCCAGGUUUCUGCAAUUUGUCGCUGAGUGACCAGAUGAACCUUCUACAGCACUCCUGGUUGGAGAUACUCUGUCUGAAUCUCGUGUUUAGAUCCUGUCCUUACAUUGGCUACAUACGCUUUGCUGAAGAUUUACAAAUGACAGUGGAUGAGUGUAAAAAAUGCCAGUGUAGCCCAGAACUUGAUAACCUCACCCGCAAACUCGCCAAAAAAUUUACAAAUAUGGGAGUUACAAAGGAAGAGUAUCUCCUUCUGAAAGCCAUGACAUUAUGUAACAUAGAUGUCGUGAUAGAGAACAGCGAAGCUGUACGCAACCUUCAGGACAAACUCCAAGAUGCCCUGAUUGACUAUGUGAAGUCUCGGUAUGCUGGAAAUCUGCGCCGCCUUGGCCAUCUCUACCUUCUCCUGCCCCCACUAACACACAUCAAACUGCUCGCCAAACAGUACUGGUUUGAUGUGAAAAAGGAUGGACGAGUGAUGAUGCACAAGCUUUUCUUAGAAAUGUUGGAGGCAGAUUCUUGAUAAAUCACCACAAAAUUAGGAGGAAGAAAGAUUUUGUCUGCGUGUGAUAUUUUUAUUAUGUGCUUGUGUGGACCUAGAUCAGCACAAACUGUGGGAGCUCUCUUCGGCAAAUAUGGGUCAAAGACCCAGACGUCCGCUGUAGACUUAUCACAGUUCCUCGUGUCUUAGGAUGGUAGACAUUAUGUGUUAGAGAUGUAGAUAUGUUUAUGCAAAAUAUAGAUCCGCAGUUUUUGAGAAUGAUGUUGAUGGCUAGAAAAAGUAUGUCUACAUUAGAAGGAUCAUACUAGAUUCCAAAUGUAUGCAGCCAAAUUUUUUAUAGUUGUCUCAUUUUCAAAACUGAAGACAACCACUGCAAACAUGAGGAUGCUGUGUCAUCAUGUUCACAGUGUACUAUGUGGACUUAGGAAAAUAGUAUAUGUGUGACUUGUAUGUGUGAAUACAUAUAUAUAUGUAUAUAUAUAUAAAUAUAGAAAAAGAUAUAUCUAUGGGAAAAUUUUACCAUGGUAGAAAGUACUCAAACAUUAAUACCAGUUUGUUAUAUGCUGGAGGAAUAUCCUAGAUACGUAGUGGGAAUGUGUACGUCCUAGAUACCACAGGACUAUGUAUUACUAUGGAGACUGCAUGCUGUCCAGUACAAUCUUGCAGGCCCACCAAGUAGAUCACCACCAGUGUGGGCUGAUCAACUGAUGGAUGCUAACGUCCACUCACAGCGCUAGUACAACGGACCAAUCGAGCACUACAUGAUAUCAGGAUUGUUAACGUCCACUCGCAGCGCUAGUACAACGGACCAAUCAAGUACUGCAUUGUAUCAUAAGAAUGUCUUCCAUCUUAACUUAUUUACAAGCAAUCUGAUUGGUUAACACUACAUUUGCAUUUAUAUGAUGUAUUGUGACAGAACAAUAUAUUCACUGUCUAAAAUUCAAAUACGCUGUAUGUAUUUCAAUUAAGUCAUCACAUAAGGAUCAAAUAUACAGAUGUAUUGUCCAUGUCACUUCAGAACUUUGUAAAUAUAUGUUCAUACAAUACAUUCUUGUUACCCUUUGUAUAAGUAUCAUGUGUGAUUCAAGAUUGGUUAGACUCUCUAUACACAUAAUACAUAAUUCUAGGUCCUGAAGUCUGAGGUCUUGGUUUAAAAAAAAUUGAAAAAAUGUUAAAGGCUAAAUGUGUAUUUUGUGGCAAAUAAUGUGAUUGAAUUUAAUUUUCAUUAAAAAUUGCUUAAGUACUUUAAUUUAAGAAAAAAAUAUCUCAAAGAAUAAUGAAAUAUUUGAAUUUAUACAAUAACCAAAUUGCAUUAAAUUUUCAUAUUGGUGAAGAUUAUACUAAUUAGAGAAAUAUAUAUGUUAAAUGAGUUGAUUGUGAUGAAUGAAGGAGAUCUAUAGAUGUAUUAAGUAGGACACAUAUCAGAUUAGUGAUGUCAGCAAUAGACAGCUAGCUGUAUCAUAGCCUGUACAGUAUAUAUAGGGGGAGGAGUGAUAGUAGAGGCUGGGGUUAAGGUAUAACACUGUGAUAAUUUAGUAGCUAGCCAGUUAUAUGUCUGUUUAAAAUCGUACUCUAUAUUUCAGAUUUUUUAUUUACACAGUCAGGUCAUAUAGAAAAUACACAUUAUAUAUAUAUAUACCCAGGAAGAACACAGAGAGUAGGUCGUGUUAUAUCAGCGGUGUGGUACAUUAACACUCAAAGGUUUCUACUGUACUCUCCAUAUCCUUGUUGUUUUAGUCUGUAUUGUGUACUCAGAUCUCAUUGGUUAACAUGUUUUGAAUGGCAGCAUCAAGAGAGGUGGGCGGAGCCUAGAGUAAAUGAGCGCACUGAUAUGACUGUCAUUCCAUGAAUUAUUUCAUUAUCACGUCUGAAAGAUGCAUUUCCAUGAUCAAUAUCCUUUGUUAUGGCCUCCAGGAAUAAGAGGAUGACAUGUUACAAAAUCUAUUAUGAUUAUAGCAUGAUAUGUAAGAAAAAAUGUAUAUGUUUAAAAAAAAAAAAAAAAAAGACACAAAAAGAGGGGGAAAAAUAUAAAAAAAAAAUUAAAACAAAGUAAUGCAGAAAAUGUUUCAAUAAUUCUUAAUUUUGAAACAUCAGCUUGGAGAAAUUCUGAGGGUAAAUUGGAUAAAUUAGUGUGUCAGGUCAAUGGAUCAAGUUCAAUGUGUGUAAAAAGAUAAGGCACUUUGCUCAAAUGUCUGUGUUUAUUAGAUGCCAAAUAUAAACAAAUAUGCAUGCAUGGAUAUGGUACUUAUAAACAUCUAAUGUCUGUUUUACUUCUACUUAACAUUGAUGCGUUACGAUGCCGUCCGAGCUUUGAUAAAUGUGAAUUCAGCUACCUUUUGUUUUACAUGUAAAGUUCAGACUUAGCAAAUGAAGUCGUUGGUACCACCCAUUUCUACCCUUCUAGUCAAUAUAUGGACGGACUUUGUGAGAUUCAGGGGGACAUGGGAUGCUCCUUGAUGUACCCCUGUGUUUCACUUCUGCUCUAAAGUAUCAUACCAGAUACCAGUCCAGAUUUCUUGUUGUGCUUUGUCACAUCUUUUCAUCAAAACAUAUCUCAAAUGUCUGACAAUAGAGGUUACUGUCCUUUGUCACAUUUGUUAUUGUAGUGUAAAACACAUCAGGUUCUGCUAAUUAUUGAAAUAUAGAACCUGGUCAAAUGAUCUUGUAAAUAAGUAGUAUUAGAAAUAUAUGUAAAUACUAGGAGAGCUUGAAUUAGAGAUUGCAAGAAUGAUAAAACAGUGUAGCAGUAGACUAAUCAUGUAUGAGUGUGACAAGGCUGUAAUGAGUGGUGUAAAUAACUGUAUGAAUGGUGUCUUUCUCCAUACAUUAUGCAGUCUUGUACACAAUGAGCUCCGCCCACCUUUGCAUGUCCAUUGCUCAUCCAGACCCUAUAUGUAUUCCUCCCUGUCUGUGAGAUGGCCAUUAUCAUUCCUUGUGUAGCAUGUACAUAUUGGUGGACCUGUAUGCAGGUAGACACCACUAUUAUUGACGAUGAUGAGUUAGUCAGGUAUUGUAGUUGUCUUUCACCAUUUACAGGUAUCAACUCAUUCAUCAUUUGUUUUGUGCAACUAUUUUCUGAACAGAUUCUGCACAGUUAUAUCACAGAUAAUAUGAUAUUACUAUGUCUUAUUAUGCUAGUCAGAAUGAUCAACUGCAUUUAAAUCUUCGUCUAAUCUACAACUUUCCCGACUGUUGACAUAGAAGACAACUUUGACCUCCUUACGUAAAGACGGACUUGGUCUCGGCCCCAUCAUAUGACCUGUAGGAUAGAAUUUUAAACAUGAUUCCAUCGAAUAUGGUCAGUAAUACAAGUUAUGUUUGAGAUUAUUUAUGGAAAGAGUGUUUGUAAUUCAUUUUUGAUAUAGUUAAAAUUCAUAAAUACAACAAAUGUUCCACCCUAUCUUCAAAAGAAGCAUCUGUUAUACAUAUGUUAAAUAUGUAUCCAGUGCAUUUUCAGUUGCAGUACAUUCUGUUGUUGUAUUUAAAGAAAUUCAGUUCAGGUACACAGCCUAGUUAGAAAUAUAUUGGAAAGAAAACAUGCAGUUAUAUAUAUAUGUGCAAAUCUGUUCAAAAACUUUUGUACAUUAUUUUUUACUUGUUAACUAUGUUGAAGUGUGUUAUUUUUAGACAGAAAAACAAAAAAGUUAUAAAAAAAAUAUUAGAAAAAAAGAUUGUUAUUGAAUAUUUGUUAUGAAAUUGAUGUGAAUGUAAUCACAUUUAGGUACAAGUUUGUAUAUAGAGUUUGUGGUAUAUAUCUAUACAAUCAUAUGUUCUGUAACCUAGAAAUAUGUGACUGAUAACACUGAUUGCUUUCACACAGGGAGUUCUCCUUUAUGUGAUUAACUUAAGAAUUGUUACUAAAUUUUUCACUUCUUGCUUGGAAAUGAAAGUUUACAAUAAUUCCCAUUUGAUCACCAAGAAGGAUGGUACAACCAAACCCAUACAAAGAGUGCUAAAUUAAAUAUUGUAGAAUUCUGGUUUUGUUUUCAUUUUCCUCAGUGUGUGUUGAUUUUUUUUCUCCUAAGUCUUAUUUCCUAACUUAUUACAUUGUGAACAAUAUUUUUUAACAAAGUGUAAGAUAUGUAUCAUAUCAACAGAAUACAGUUAAAUGAGUUUCAAAACGUGUUACAUAAGAUGUCAAACAGAUCAUUUAUUGCUUCAAGAUUUGUUAAGGCCUGGAAAAAAGUUUUUUAUUUUAAAAAAGAUGUUUCAAAUAAUUGAAAAAAUUUCAAAUCAUUAAAAGAAAAACAUUAUGCAAGAAUGAUGGAGGUGAUUCGAUGCCAAGUGUUAGGCAACUAGCAAUGCUGAAUGAGUUUUAUUCUUUAUUGUUGAAAACCAAUUUAAUCUGAAGCAGGUUUGUUAAGUUUGUUAGUGUGCAGUCGUACUGGAAUGUACAACUUCCGAAAUAAAUUAAUCUGUAUGCAAUAUUUUUGAAGAAUUUUCUUUAUUUAAUUGAAGAGUGUUGUUAAAUUUAUUUUUGUCUAAUUUAAAUAUGAACAGAUUUGAAAAUGCUGGAAAGAUAAUUUUAUUUGUAAUUAACACAAUUUUUUUCUCUCUCAAACAAUCAUUGUAACAUUAUGUUAUUUAUCAUAGAGAAAUGAAUUAUACACUAAUGUGUCAUAUGUACUUUCUGGGCUAAUGACAUUGUAUCAUUUCUACCCUGGCUAGUUGCAGUGCUGUAGUAAUUGUCUCCCUUAAUUUAUUGUGAGUUGUAAUAUUUUAUCAAACUCAUUUUUAUUCACAGAUUGAUAAUUUAUUCAAUAGUAAUUUUAGCUCAAUAUUAUUUCCACACAGCCGUCUUGUUGGUUGCAAAUCAUACUGUGUAUAUUACACAAGUCUUAAAUUUCGUUCAUCCUGCUUGUCCUGAUUUUUAUAACUAUAUUUUGAGUAUAUUUUGUUUCUGUAAUAGUUCUUUUUGACAACAGGUUCUUUUGGUAUUGCAUUUAGUGUAGAAACAAUGUGUUGACUACAUUCCUUAGCCAUUUUAUAGCCUUGUGUGUCUUGCCAAGUCACCAACAUUUGUAUAAGCUAUGUUAUACUGCCAAAAUAGGUCACAUCAUACAAAGUAUCACAUGGUUAUCUCCCAUAGGCAGCCCAAAGGCAUCAUUACAUGUAUUACAUCCAAAAUUGACCAAAAGUAUGAGAUUUUCCGAAUGCUGAUGCUAGAGGUAUAUAACUGUUAUCUACAAAUCAUUUCUAUGGUUCUUGCAACAUAUUGCCCCCCCCACCCUCCCCCCUCAAAAAAAGAAACGAAAAAAACCCCUUGAAUUUACGCAAAAUAAACAUUUACAAUCAGUCAUGUUUUUUCCCCUGAAAUGGAAAUGUGACUUAAGAUUCUAUAAUACACUAUACUUUUAUGACAGGUCAGUUUUACGUAGCUUGGAAUCUGAAAGUUUUGUAGUUUCUAUACAUGUGAUCCAUUCAAAAGAAUCUCUUACUUUCCGUGAACAUGAUACUGAUAACCAAAUUUUCCUUAAGGAAUAACAAUUAUCCAAUUCUUAGCUGAACCAUGCCUUUAGGAAUCGCACAGUAAUCUAGUUUUUAUCCUUUGUUGUAAUUGCAUGUUGAUUUGGACACUUUGUGAGAUAUCAGUAUUAUAUAUGGGAGAAAUCAGUGUUAAUGUAAGUACAUGCUUGGAUUUUAUGACACCAAUCUUAUCAUACAAUCUGCCAUUUGAUGAUGCCAUAUUGGGGGUCAGUAUUUAUUUUCAAUGGAAAUUAUGACACAAUUCUGAUAGCAUUUUUACAGAUAAUUAUAGAUCAUGUAUACAUCUGUAAAAGUGGAAUUGUAAUAGUUUUUUGUAUAUCGGUACCAAAGCUUUACGGGCAGAAAUCCAUUUAGUAUAAUCCAGCAAUGCCAGGGUACCACACAUCAACCUGAAGCCAUCUUAAAUCAUGAAAAACAAAAUAGCAUUGUGUCAUGUUUUACAUCUGACCAUCAAACUGUAUAGAACAAGUCACUGUAGAGAAGAAUUGGGAGGUCAGCACAUAGUUUGAACUUUAUGUAAAUGAACUUGGCAGGGCAACUUUUUAAGUCUUUUUGAACAUAGCUUGUAUGGAUAUCAGCAAAUAUUGUUUGAUAAUAACUAGUUUAGUCAUGGUUAUCCAAAUUCCAAUACUAAAAAUUGAAUUUUUGACAGAGAAAAUCUGAUUAUUUGUUAUGUUUUAACUUUAAAUGAAUAAAUAUUUCCUUAGUUUUGCAUUCAACAUUUUUCAGAAGAAAGUAAAGCAUUAACAAUGAAGCUUUGAACUGCCCAGGAAGUUAGGUUUCUUGUGGUUUAGGAAAAUUUGAUUUGUAACUCCAAAAUCAGUAUUAUGUUAAAUACUAAAACUUUGACUUUUCGGAGGUAUAUAGUUCCAGUGCACUGGCUGUGUUGUCCUGUUGGUAAACAUGCUACCAGUAGACAGUCAUCCCAAUGUCACUUGUAUGUUCCCAUAAAAAAAGCAUCCUAAACUAUUGACAAUAAUGUAUUAACUUCAUAUAUCAUACAGCUAGAGUUGUGUUUUAACAUUUUACUUUUUUCUUCUUUGAAGCCAACAACCAGAGAAGCAGUGCAUGCUUAUAAAGUUUUAGAUUACAAAAACUUUUAUUUUUUUGUAAAUUAUAUAUACUUUUCUAUCCCUCAAAUAUUCAUUUAUAUAUAUAUCUAUAUACAAAAAUGAUCAUGAUAACUCAUUUUUGACACCAAAAACUCAAUUUUUUGGUUUAUUCCGCCAUAUGUAACUUGUGUUUUUCACAAAAGACUUAAGUUUCACUAUCAAUGUGCAUCAAGUCUUAAUGUGAAAUAAGACAGUUAACAGGAUACAAAAUUUAAAUGUUACAUAUUUAUCUGCCAGGAUAAUUUUACACCAGAAUCAUUAUUUUUAGUUUAUUCAUUUGACACCAAAAUCACUAUUUAUUUGCAUUUUGCUGUAGAUUCCAUGUUACCAUACCACCAACACACCAUCAUCAUUGUCACCAUUAUCAUCAUUGUGAGUGGUGGGGGCCGCUGGGACUUUGCCAGCACCCUUACCCCUUCACUUGACCCCUUUAUUUCUUUCCAAUCUAGCAUAUCCACCGUAUGGUUAACGAAGGCAGCAUUACAGUGUGUUCUGUUUGAAUGUAGAGAUGCUCCCUGGCUGUCUCGGGGUCCCCACCACUGCUCAGCCCUGUAGUGAUGUGUGAUAUGGUGAGACUAGUGUACAUAUCUAGUACCUAUCUAGAGUUUCUGCAGUAACAUUGCAUGAGUUUGGAAUCAGAUUGUUGCAUUAUCAAUAUUGUGUGCAUUUCUUUAUCAUCAAUUUCCUCAGAAGAAGAAAAUUAUUUAUCUAGUUUACUACGUAUAUUAUGUCAAAAAUUUUACUUUUCUUUUCCUGGAUUUUGUUUGGUUUCACAUGCAUUUCAUGUGAAUCGUUCUGAAAUAAAACAGCUUUCAAGUUCA